AUGCUGAAUUGUUUACACUGCGCAAGUGAAUCAGGAUCGUGUACCACCACAACUUCACAACAGUGUCCAUCAGAUAAUGUGUGUGCUGCUCUGAUAUACAAUUUUUCUUUGUCAAGGUUUAUUGUGAAUAUUGGAGAAAUUCAUGGCUGCCUCCCACAGGCUGUCUGUAAUCCACACAAAACUAAUCCAAGUAUUUUAGAAACCAUUUACUCAGCUAAUGUUGGAGUGGCGAAAGGUUUUCUAUCCAUCUUUUGCUGUGAGUCUAAUAACUGCAACCGCAUCUCUGAUAACAAAGAACAAGACAACAAACCAAAUGGACUUCAAUGUUUAAGCUGUUGGAACCCACCAGACAAAACAUGCAACUCUUCCAUUUCUUGUGCGGGAAAUCAAGAUCAUUGUAUAACUGGAACAGUUAUAAACUUGGCAAACUUAACAGUCAAGGGCUGUGCCUCUAAAUCUUUCUGUGGUGCAAAUUUUCACAAUUCCUCACUGGGAAAUGUGCAGUGUUGCACAGGAAACUUGUGUAACUCGAGUGAAACUCGGAACAGGCAGGGUUUCGGCCUGUUUCUGAUGAUCAUAAUAACUACUAAACUACUCCAAUAAGGAUGCAAUCAAAUGCUCUUUUUCUUAAAUUCUAUAAUUUUGCUGUACUUAAAUAUUUCUUAUAAAAAUACAUAAAGUGUGUGAAUAAAGUGUCAUUUUUUGUAGAUUUCGGUAAGGAUAAUUAUAAGUGUGGAAAAGAAACUACUUAACCUGAUAUGUAAUAUUAUUCUGAUGAUUUUUUUUUAUUACAGCAGCCUUAAUGUGUUACAUAAUUUGUACCAAUGAUUUUUAUUCAGUAUUUAAUUUUUGUAUGAUUCUGCAUUUGUGCGUGAAUUUCUGGUUAUAUUAACACAUUUAUUCAUGAGGUUAAGUUAAAUAAUUUUCAUGUAUUUGCACAGAAUUGUUUCUCUUGUGAUAAAACAAUCAAACAAAUCAUGACUUCUAAUGUAGAAAUAAACAUAGUUUGGGAAUCUA